CCAGAAAGAUUGAAAUAUUGAAGCCAAUAAGCAUGAGCCUAAUUCAUCUUGAAUAUCCUUUCAAGUGCCAGGUAUGUGAACGGGCAUUCCGACACAAAAUAUACCUACAUUAUCAUAAACUUCUGCAUGUCAGCCCUCCAAGGAAAACAGAAACAGACAUUUUAAUUCUUCCACAGGAAGAAAUCAAAGAAAAAUGUCAUUCGACAUACUUUACAAAAUCUAAUGCUGAUAUGCUAUUUUCGAGGAAACUUACAAAUACAAACGAAAGACUUAUAACUGUUUCAAAAAGAAACUACAGAUCCAAGAAAUGCAGAUUCAAAUAUCGAGGGCGGGAGUUUGGGUUUAUUUCAGAAGACAUUCACAAAAAAUCCGAUUUUUCUCAAAACGAAAUAAAUAACAACAAUAUUAACAGCAGCAAGGAAUCAAAUUGCAACGUCUUAGGGACAAAAACCACAGAUUCGGAUCUUUGUGACAAGUGUGGGAUAAAGGUUUUUCAUAAGCACACAUGCAACAUGCACGAAAAUAUUGCAAGUGGCAAAGCCAUUCCUUCUGUGAAGGUGUCGUUAAAUAAAGAGACUACACAUACUAAAGAACAUUGCAUGACUGGGUGUCUCUUCAAUGGAUCAUCUGUUCAUGUUGAUACGAGUACAGUCCUUACAAACACUUUUGGUGGAGAACAAAGCAGCACUAAGCUGAGAGCUGACAAACUAUUUGAUCUAGAAGAACAAAAUUUGCAAAAAUCAGAAUGUGCGAAUCUAUUUUUAUCUUCAAAUAAGAAGCUGUUAGAAAUCGACUCGAAUUCAAGUAAAUAUAUACAACACAACAUUGAGACAGAAUUACCAACAGCCUACCUCCAAGUUUACCUUUGUGAGUAUUGUGGUAAUACGUUUAGACGGAAGGUUGAUCUUGAAAGACAUAUAAGAAUCCACACCGGUGAACGUCCUUUUCAAUGUGGAACCUGUAAAAAAGCAUUCAUACAGAAGGCUCACCUGAAAAUGCAUCUGGAAAGGCAUUUCCACGUGGAAAUAACUGAAGAAUCAACUCUUGCUCCAUUUCUCGACAAUAAUUCUAAUCAAGUCAACGAAAGGGACAAUAUGUGUAAGCCACAACACGUUUGUAAAGUUUGCCAAAAAUCGUUUUCCCAGAAGGGACACCUAAACGUCCAUAUGUUGAUUCAUACGGGUGCUAGACCAUUUCAUUGUGAUGUAUGCAACAGAACUUUUAACCAAAAACAGACAUUGAAACGUCAUAUGGUAACCCACUUAGAGAAGAAUACAGAAGGAAUUCCCAAACUCAAGCCGCAGAUUAGAAAUUUCUUUGACACUAUCAAAGAAGAACUGGCAAAUGUAGAUUGUCAAAUUUCAGCCGAAGGUGCCUUCAGUAACUACAAUGAAUAUCAAACAUUUAAUCUAAAAAUAGAGAAUAGUUUUUCAAACGAAAAAUCAUUAGAACAACUCAAAAAAAUAUGCCCAGAAGAAAACCUUUCAAGAGAAAUUGUCAAAAAAUUCCCAAAAAGCAAAGAUAUUCACAACAGUGAAAAGAAGCCAACAUCAUGCAACAAUUUGAAAGAAAAGCCUCGACCGGAGCAUAAAUGUAAAUUUUGUGAAAAACAAUUCAAACAAAAAGGUCACCUCAAUGUUCAUCUGUUAAUUCACUCUGGAGCUCGGCCAUUCAAAUGUGAUAUGUGUGGAAAGGAGUUUAAUCAGAAACAAAUAUUAAAAAGACAUCUACUCAUCCAUCGACCGAAUCAUUUGGAGGAGCGACAGAAAUCUAACCAACAAAUUUCAAUGGGCGCCAUCCUUGAGGAGUAUAUAUGUGAGUUUUGCGGAAAAAGCUUUAACAAUAAGUAUAAUUUUCAAAAACAUCACUUGAUACAUUUUGGAGAAAAACCUUUUCUGUGUGUUCAGUGCGGUAAGUCCUUCCGACAAAAGAAUCAUUUAGAUGACCAUCAGAGAAUCCACACUGGUGACAAACCCUUCUCUUGUGACAUCUGCUCCAAGAUGUUCAGCCAGAAACAAAACCUUAAGAAACAUCUUCAACGCCAUGCAAAGAAAUCACGUUAUUUGAACAGAAUGAAUCAAAUCAUAGAUGACAAUAUGAAUUCGAAUAUUCCUUUAAAAGACUACUCUGAAUUUAGAGGAUGCUCAAAAGAUGAGAAUGAAAGAGUAUUUAGUUGUAGCAUUCUAGAUUCCAUAGUUAAAAAAUCUAUUCAGACUUUUCAGUGCGAUUAUUGCGGGAAAAACUUCAAACGCAAAGAAUAUCUCAAAGUCCAUCUCCGGACCCAUACGGGCGAGAAGCCUUACCAUUGUAAAUUGUGCUCACUACGCUUCACUCAGAGGGGGCAUCUAUGGGUCCACAUGUCAAGGCACAGAUGAACAUUGUUUUCUUUGAAUUCUCAUUGAUUUUAAUAUGCACAUUUCGAGCCUCAUUACUU